AUGACGGUGCUAGUUUUAGCGCAAAGAGCGCUCAAACUAGCGAUAACGUUGGCUUCUAUUGUGAUAUUUAUCCAAGGGGCACUGUCUAUUGUGAUUCACCAGUUUGUGGUGAACUGGUUGCUGCCUAAUGAUCCGAUUCGUCGACAAAAGCAUCUGAACUACACAAAGAAGAAGUUUAUCCUGCUGUUGGUGACAAUUCUGACCGUUGUGGCCCCUUCAAAAGUGAGAAUAACGACGGAUGGUCGCACGAUGCCCAAAAACCUGUUCUCCCAUGACCUUUAUACUGGAGGAUUGCUGUCUACUUUGAAGAGAAAGUCCAUCUUGAUUUCUAACCAUCAAAUAUACACCGAUUGGGUAUUUCUAUGGUGGUUGGCUUACACCGGUGGACUUGCAGGCAAUGUGUUUAUCAUGCUCAAGCAAUCGCUUGCACGUAUUCCUAUAAUGGGAUAUGGGAUGGAAAACUACAAGUUCAUCUUCAUGAAUCGCAAAUGGAGCAAGGACAAGAUCAAUUUGGCUAACCGAUUGAGCGAUAUGGACCACAACGCCAGAGGCGUUGGUGAGCUGGCUGGGAAACAGUUUUCCACCAAAACCGAAGAUGGCCUGGAGAUUUGGACUGACCAAGAUCCUCAAUUCGUGGACAAAAAGCAAAUAAGCUGGCCAUAUUCGCUGAUUAUUUUUCCAGAAGGCACAAAUCUGAGCCAGAAUACUCGUAACAAGAGUGAGAUCUUUGCAGCAAAGUCAGAUCUCAAAAGUUUCCGGAAUUUGGUAAUUCCCAGGACAACAGGCCUCAGAUUUGCAUUGCAAGAACUUAGAAACAGCUGUGAAGUGGUGUACGAUGCUACCAUCGGGUAUUCGGGCGUUAAACAGAACGAAUACGGACAGGACAUCUACCAAUUGGGAAACAUUUUCCUAAAGGGCCAGUCACCGGAGUUGGUGGAUAUACAUCUCAGAGCCUUCGAGCUCGACGAGAUUCCCAUAGAUGACGAAAACAAGUUCACGGAAUGGUUAUUGAAUGUUUGGAGGGAGAAGGACGAACUCUUGGACUACUACUACGAGCAUUCGAGCUUUGACCGUAACCAGGGCGAAAUAAGCCAGGUCGUUACGGGAAUCUGCAAAGUUCAGCGUUUAGAAAUGGUGCAAAUGCUGGCACUUCCAUGUUUGACUGCUUUAACUAUAGGAGUUUUAGUAUGGAAGAAAUAUGCUUGA